UUGAUCCCCGGCGUCCCUCCAGGUGUGCCGGGAGGCGGGGCCAGAGGCAGCAAGGCAGGGAAAGGGGCAGGCGGAGGUGUGGGUCGCUACGGGUACAGAGGGGUGACUAACGCCGCUGCCUACGAAGUGACAUGGGAAGGUAAGCUGAUGGUCGUGGUGCAACUCCUACUACUACUACUAUUACUACUUGGGGAUAAUCAGGUGUGAGGAGUAGGUAGGUAGGUAGGUAGGUAGGUAGGUAGGUAGGAAAGUUAGGAAAGUUAGGUAGGUUAGGUUAGUAGACUUAGGAAAGGAGUUAAUUAUAAUAGUGUGUCAGAGUCAGAUAACUUGAUAAUGAUGUGUGUGUGUGUGUGUGUGUGUGUGUGUGUGUGUGUGUGUGUGUGUGUGUGUGUGUGUGUGUGUGUGUGUGUGUGUGUGUUAAGAAUUAUACUGUGAGAUACUUGAAAAAAAAAAAAAAACACAUAGCAGAGGGCUAAAGAAAAAGAAAAAAAAUGAAGGUACUCUUGGACUAUAUCGAGGUGAAUGAAAGAGGACAAAAUGCGUAAGAAGGAGACAAGAAAAACAUGUGUUACCGAUAAGAGGAAAGAGUGAGAGCAGUGUAGCGUGUAAUGUGAGGAGUGCAGGUGGUGAGGAGCGCAGGUGUGUGUGUGCGUGUGUGUUGGGGGGCAGUGACAGGCACAUGUUAAAGGUGAAGGCUUGAGGGUGGCCAGUUAAAGGCGGGGUGGUGGGUGGGAUGUGACAAGCGACGGGCUGAGGAAGAGGUGACAAGUGGGGGUGAUGAUGAGCAGUAAUGAGCUGUGUGGAGGGGAGGGGAGGUGGAGGUGUUGGUGGUGGAGAUGUGUGUGGAUAAAUGAGCGAGCGAGCGAGGAGAGUAAUUGGCUGCGGGAUGGUGAUGGUGAGGGACGAGCGAGAGGAAGAGGAUGAAGAGUAGAUUAGGGGUAAAAGUUAGUACGAUGAGUGAGUGUGAUGAGCUCGUGGAUGUUAAUUAGGGAGGUGCCUGAGAGAUGAGUGUGGGAGACACUGUGAUGUGGCAUUAUGGGCAGAGAUUAGAGAAGAGGCGAGGCUGUGACGCUGGGCCAAGGGAGGGCUGAGAGACAGGGAAGGUAAAAGGGUGAAUAACAGUUAAAGUAGCAGGAGGAGAGGGUUGGGGCAGGAGCAGGAUGGAGGAGACCCGGCUGACACCCUCCCCUCGCCAGACAUCGUGCUGGCCAUGCAGCUGUCCGCCAUGUGCUUCGGGGCGCUGUUCGCUCUCUGCAUCGUGGCCUGCUGCGCCUACAAGAUCUGCGGCCCCGCCGAGGAGGAGGAAUGGGGAUCGCGUUACUCCGUGCUCAAACCCACCCCUAAUCUCCGCCUACCUCCUGAGCUCCUGAGAGAAAUCUACACCCUCCCUUCUGCUCAGUUUUCAGCGACGACUCGCCACACUGCAGCCACCAAGUCCCAGUCCUCCACGACACCCUCAGCUGGCCCGCGGCGAGAGGCAACGUGGCCGACGGGCGGCUCCAGCGUGGUGGUGGAGAGCGGGCCGCGAGUUACCUCGGUGUCUCGCGGCCCUCUUGCAAGGUCCGCGGCGGCCAGUCUUGGUCAGCUCCCCAAUGGGCGGCCUGGAGAGCCACCUUUAGAGGAUAUUCUCCCGGCUGCACCGCCACGCCCCGCCACCCCUCGGGGCACCCCUAAAAAGUCUCCUCGGCUGCCCGCGUUGGGAUCUAUCCUAGAGGGGCAGCCGUGCUUGCCCACGCUCGCCUCGCUGUCGUCGUCGCGGGCGCGGGAGGUGGCGGGGCAUGGGGCAGCUAACAGACUGGCCGCCCACGAUCAGACUAGCUCAACCCUCGACCUCGCCCGUGCCGCCGCCGCCAUCAACUACACUCACAGGUCGCGUCCACAUCCGCACACUGCCGUGGUCUAGCAGUGCACACCACGGCACGGCGGUGCCACGCGUGCGAACAGCUACCCUCGCUCCCCGCACAACCACACCAGCCGUCGCACGGCGGCGGAGGCUCACAAGUACAGAAAAGCUCAGAGUUUUACAGAGAAUAACCGAGGCACGUGACAGAUACCAUUCAUCGGCGCAUCAGCUCCUCAUCGAAACAACACAGAGUUCGUCGCUGCUGCACUUAACAGGACUCCCGGAGGGUCUCCGCAAGUUCCUCUCUACACAACGACAGUGUAGGUAUACAACAUUCCCAAGACGACGAGCGCAGCCCGGCACUGGCCCCACUCACACACACUUGUGAACGUGAUCACCCGGCGUAGCGAGGCGGGACGCAUAGUGCCUAAGACACUCACGUCAACCUGCACCAAUGAACUCCACAGGGCCGCUGAUCGGUGCCUGCCGGACAUUGCCACUCAGCGGCCGCAAUAGAUAGGUUACUUUUAAUCGAUUAAAGUCGCAGACGUCACCAUCACGCAACUCGCCCAUUAGAGACUCUACAAUUCCUUGAAACACAUUCCAUGAAAUUAUUAAACUGAUUUUCCCGCAAAGUUAUUUUUCUGGUCAAACAGCAUUUUUAUAUAUUUUGAUAACGUGCGCUUCCACCACUCUCCCGGCAGGUGAAAAACAACCAUUAAAUAUAUUGCAUGAACAAUUUUACAACAUUUUUGGCAGAGAGCUUACUUCCAUUUUUCUUUCUAAGACCAGGGAGAGUGGCGCGUGGAAAGCUGUAGCCCCACAUCCUUAUAUUACUACCCACUGUCUGCUUGCUGGGUGUCUGUCUGUCUGGCUGUCUGUCUGACGGCAUAAGACCGUUUUUGUUCAUCUCUUUCUCUCUCU